CUGGCAAUGUUGAACAGCACUGAUGACGUUUUUUCACGCGUUGUAUUUUUUUAAAGCAUAUUUGAUGUGGAAAAUUUAAGCAUUUGCAAAAUGCAAAAGCAUAAAACAAGCAAAUAACACACAGCGGGGGCCGAGUGUAGCAGUCGAGUCAAACAACAGCACAAAGAAUACGCAAGUGACCCUCACCCUUCAUCACAGGACAGAGUAUAAUAUUAAUUAAGAAGAAGAAGGCAAUAAAAACAACUGUAAGACGACCUUGGAGUUUGCAUACAAUAUGCAAAGUAACUCCACGAAAACCAAGGAAAUGUUUAUUGUGCGUGCUUUAGAAAAAAUCCUUGCCGAUAAGGACAUACGGCGUUCACAUCACUCGCAGCUGAAAAAGUCGUGCGACACAGCGCUUGAACAAAUUAAAGCGGAGCUCAUAAAUGCGGGUCAAAUCGCUGAGGGCAAUGAGCUGCCUUGCGCGGCAUUGCCGCUGCCCAAAAAUGACGCGGCAAGCAUUAUUAAUGCGGAAACGUAUUUCCUGCCCUUCGAGCUAGCCUGCAAGAGCCGAUCGCCGCGCAUUGUGGUCACAGCAUUGGAUUGCCUGCAGAAGCUUAUCGCUUAUGGCCAUUUGACGGGGGCCAUCCAGGACUCGGCCAAUCCGGGUCAUCUACUGAUCGAUCGCAUUGUUAUCACAAUCUAUGGCUGCUUCAAUGGUCCCCAAACCGACGAGGGCGUCCAGUUGCAGAUCAUCAAGGCCUUGCUCACCGUUGUUACUUCGCAACAUGUGGAGAUUCACGAGUUUACGCUUUUGCAAGCGGUUCGCACUUGCUAUGACAUCUACUUAUCCAGCAGGAAUUUGGUCAACCAAACAACGGCACGAGCCACACUAACCCAAAUGUUAAAUGUCAUAUUUGCACGUAUGGAGAAUCAAGUGUACGAGGUGGCACCAACGCCAACGACGACGGCGGCUCCAAAUGGAAACAUCAAUAGCCCCAAAAGCAACGGAGAAGAAAUGUCGCCGGCAGUAGAAGGAUCGGGAUCGGACACUGAUGAAGUAAUUGCCUCUGAGCUGCUGGCUGAGAUUAUAACAGCUGCCUUUAAUGAGGCAAUGAAGGAACAGAGCCAAGAUUUGCCGUCCGAUCUGCCGGAGGUGGAACCGUCUGUCAAUGGUAAUGGUUCCGUCGACUCUUCGCACUCGGAUCACGACAGUGUAGAGCUGCACAGCGAGAAUGAUGCAAUAGUAACGGCUAAAUUUACUCACAUUCUGCAAAAGGAUGCAUUUUUGGUAUUCCGGGCAUUGUGUAAACUAUCAAUGAAGCCGUUGCCCGAGGGUCAGCCGGAUCCAAAGUCGCAUGAGCUGCGUUCCAAGGUAUUAUCGCUGCAUCUUUUGCUGCUGAUACUACAAAAUGCUGGACCAGUCUUCCGCUCCAACGAAAUGUUCAUUAUGGCCAUUAAGCAGUACCUGUGCGUUGCACUCUCCAACAAUGGAGUAAGCCUGGUGGCCGAGGUCUUUGAGUUGUCGCUAUCCAUAUUUGUGGCGCUGCUGUCGAACUUUAAGGUGCAUCUUAAGCGUCAGAUUGAGGUCUUCUUCAAGGAGAUUUUCCUUAACAUUCUGGAGGCCAGUUCAAGUUCUUUCGAACACAAGUGGAUGGUCAUACAGGCGCUAACCCGCAUCUGUGCUGAUGCACAGUCAGUGGUGGACAUAUAUGUGAACUACGACUGUGAUUUCUCGGCUGCCAAUCUGUUUGAAAGACUCGUCAACGAUCUUUCAAAGAUUGCCCAAGGUCGACAAGCACUGGAACUUGGAGCUAAUCCGAUGCAGGAGAAGUCAAUGCGUAUACGCGGCUUGGAGUGCCUCGUCUCCAUACUAAAGUGUAUGGUCGAAUGGAGUAAGGAUCUGUACGUCAAUCCCAACAUGCCUGCUUCUGCCUUGCAGGUGCAAUCACUACAGUCACCAACACAGGACACACAGGUUGCCGACAAUGUGGACGCGCUCUCCGCGCUUAAUUCCAGCCUUCGUUCGACGCACGGAGGCUCCAGUCAUAGCCUUAACUCGUAUGGCAGUGCCAAGAAUCAAGAGCUACUGGACUUGCCAGAGGCGCUGGAAGAGCGCAAGAUGCGCAAGGAGGUGAUGGAGACGGGCAUUGAGCUGUUUAACCGGAAGCCACAGAAGGGUGUCCAGUUUUUGCAGGAGAAGCAGCUUCUGGGUAACACCUGUCAAGACAUUGCCCGAUGGCUGCAUGAUGACGAGCGUCUAGAUAAGACUGUCAUUGGUAACUAUCUCGGUGAAAAUGAUGAUCACUCCAAGGAGGUGAUGUGCGCCUACAUCGAUGCCUUUGACUUUCGCCAACUGGAGGUGGUUGCAGCUUUGCGUAUUCUUCUCGAAGAAUUCCGACUGCCAGGCGAGGCGCAGAAGAUCGAUCGACUAAUGGAGAAAUUUGCUAGCAGAUAUUGCGAAUGUAAUCCACAGAAUCAGUUAUUCCAAAUGGCUGACACUGUAUAUGUGCUGGCCUUUAGCAUUAUAAUGCUGACAACGGAUCUGCACUCGCCGCAGGUGAAGCACAAGAUGACCAAGGAGCAAUAUAUCAAAAUGAAUCGCGGCAUCAGCGAUAGCAAAGACGAUCUGCCCGAAGAGUACUUAUCGUCUAUAUACGAUGAGAUCGCCGAGCAUGAGAUCAAGAUGAAAAACAAUACAACAAUGCUAAUGGCACCAAAACCGGCAGGAAAACAGCCCUUUAUCACGGAGAAACGACGCAAGCUCCUUUGGAAUAUAGAAAUGGAGGUGAUCUCCUUGACGGCGACCAAUCUGAUGCAGUCAGUUUCCCAUGUCAAAUCGCCAUUUACUUCGGCCAAGCAUUUGGAGCACGUGCGUCCCAUGUUUAAAAUGGCUUGGACACCAUUUUUGGCGGCCUUUUCAGUCGGUCUUCAGGACUGCGAUGAUCCGGAGAUAGCAACAUUAUGUCUGGACGGUAUACGUUGCGCUAUCCGCAUUGCCUGCAUCUUUCAUAUGUCGCUGGAGCGCGAUGCUUACGUUCAGGCAUUAGCACGCUUCACGCUCCUGAACGCCAACUCUCCCAUUAAUGAGAUGAAGGCCAAGAACAUUGACACCAUCAAGACGCUCAUUAUGGUUGCCCAUACGGAUGGCAAUUACCUGGGUAGCAGUUGGUUGGACAUUGUGAAGUGUAUUAGUCAACUGGAGCUGGCGCAGCUAAUUGGAACUGGAGUGCGACCGCAGUUCCUGUCUGGUGCGCAGACCACUCUCAAGGAUACACUUAAUCCAAGCGUCAAGGAGCACAUUGGCGAGACUAGCAGCCAGAGCGUUGUGGUGGCCGUUGAUCGAAUCUUUACCGGAUCCAUGCGACUGGAUGGGGACGCUAUUGUGGACUUUGUAAAGGCCUUGUGCCAAGUGUCGGUCGAUGAGUUGCAACAGACUCAACCACGCAUGUUCUCCUUGCAGAAGAUCGUCGAGAUUAGCUACUAUAACAUGGAACGCAUCCGUUUGCAGUGGUCACGCAUCUGGCAGGUGCUUGGCGAGCAUUUUAAUACUGUUGGUUGCAAUAGCAAUGAGGAGAUUGCAUUCUUUGCGCUAGAUUCACUGCGUCAACUUUCGAUGAAAUUCAUGGAAAAGGGUGAAUUUAGUAACUUUCGGUUCCAGAAGGACUUUCUGCGUCCCUUCGAGCACAUCAUGAAAAAAAACAACUCCCCGGCCAUACGUGACAUGGUGGUGCGCUGCAUCGCCCAGAUGGUAAACUCCCAGGCGCACAACAUUCGCUCCGGAUGGAAGAACAUAUUCUCAAUCUUUCACCUAGCUGCUGGUGAUCAUGAGGAGCCGAUUGUAGAAUUGGCAUUCCAGACAACGGGCAAAAUCAUUGGCGAUCUCUAUCGGCGACAGUUCUCUGUCAUGGUCGACUCUUUCCAGGAUGCCGUCAAGUGCCUGUCGGAAUUUGCGUGCAAUGCCCGCUUUCCGGACACAAGUAUGGAGGCUAUACGUCUGGUGCGUAAUUGCGCCCAAUGCGUUCAUGAUGCUCCUCAGCUGUUUGCGGAGCAUGCGGGUAUGGAAAAUGAUGCCUCUGUUGCAGAGGAGGAUCGCGUGUGGGUUCGCGGUUGGUUUCCCAUGCUCUUCUCACUCUCCUGCGUUGUCAAUCGCUGUAAACUGGAUGUGCGCACGCGCGGAUUGACCGUACUCUUUGAGAUUGUAAAGACACACGGCGAUAGCUUUAAGCCAAACUGGUGGAAGGACCUGUUUAAUGUGAUUUUCCGCAUCUUUGACAACAUGAAGCUGCCGGAACAUGUUACCGAGAAGUCCGAAUGGAUGACAACAACUUGUAAUCAUGCUCUGUAUGCCAUCAUUGAUGUUUUCACGCAAUACUUUGAUGUGUUGGGGCAUCUGCUGCUCGAGGAGCUUUUCGCCCAGCUCCAUUGGUGCGUUCAGCAGAACAAUGAGCAGCUGGCUCGCUCCGGCACCAACUGCCUUGAGAAUCUGGUCAUCUCGAAUGGCUUCAAGUUCAACGAGGUCACUUGGGACAAAACAUGCCAGUGCAUACUGGACAUAUUCAAUGCGACGCUACCUAAGGAGCUGCUGCACUGGCGCCCAACCAAAGGAAACGAACAUCAACAACCACAGCAACCACGCCGCGCCUCAACAAUACAACAUUCCAAUAGCAACAUACAGGAGCCGCCAGUUAUGGCACUGGCGCACAAUCAUUUUGAGGCACUGCACAUCAAGUGUGUGGUGCAACUGGAGCUGAUACAGACGAUGGACAAUAUUGUCUUCUUUCCCGCCACAUCGCGUAAGGAGGACGCUGAGACGCUGGCCCAGGCUGCAGCCGAUAUAAGCGGCAGUCGGGGAGGAUCCACGCAAUCGCAGCAGUUGCAGUUGGAUUGCCAGCGCGAGGAGCAGGGCAUGUAUGGCUAUUUGCGUACCCGGCAACUGUUUACUCUCGCUGAGUGUCUGAUGCAGUCGCAUCGGUUUGCUAAACGCUUCAAUGCCGAUCAGGAUCAGCGUAAUUUGCUGUGGCGUGCCGGCUUUAAGGGAUCUGUUAAGCCCAAUCUGCUCAAGCAGGAGACAGCCUCGUUGGCCUGCGUGCUUCGAAUCUUUUUCAAAAUGUAUGGAGAUGAGAAUCGUCGUAGCGACUGGCCUGGCAUCGAGCAGGAACUGGUGCAGGUAUGCAAGGAGGCACUUGGCUAUUAUCUCAGCUUGCAAAGCGAGGCGCAUCGCGAUGCCUGGACUUCGCUGCUCUUACUCAUAUUGACACGUUUGCUGAAAAUGUCCGACGACAGGUUUGCCACACACGUAUCCAACUAUUACAGCCUGCUCUGCGACAUGAUGUGCUUUGAUCUAAAGCCGGAACUGAGAAGUGUCCUUAGGCGCGUUUUUAUGCGUAUCGGUCCAGUAUUCAAUAUUAUGAGCGUGAAUGUUAAAUAGUCAAGGCGUAUAACUUACCAGCCACGCCCCGUUUGAUGACUCCCCCCUCCCCACACAAAACUACAACUUGCACCCUUUUAGUUACGCGUAUAUAUACAGACUAAAAUUUAUCUUGGCUUUGUUGUUAUGUUAUUUUUUCCCAUUGGCCUCCGUAAGCAGAGUUUAUAUUUUUUAUUAUAUAUUUAUAUACAUAUAUAUACAUAUGCAAUUGUAACGUUUAUAGGUUAAACAAAAUGUUGUUGUUUUAUAUAAUGUUUACGCACACACAUUCACACACAUCAAUAUGUAUGGGUGUGUGCGUGCGUGCACGUGUAAGGCUUUAAUGUGUGUGUGUCAGUUUAUAUACCAAAUGUAUAAACUAAAGUUUUUCGAUUUUGAAUUUGGCAUAAAGAUAAAAAUCCUUGGUGUAACCAUUUAUUUAAUUAAUCACAACUAAAACUAUAUAUUAUGUAGCAUAAAUAUUGAUAAACCUACGCAAAACUUUAGCCUGUAUAUUGCUAGAUUUAAUUUAAAUCAAAUUAUAUAUUUCAAAUAUAUCUAUUACAACAAUAAACCGAUUUAAAUUUUAAA